GCGCAGUGUGCUUCCUGGACUUGAAUGGUUUGUUUACAACUUCGGAAUCGGUUCCCGCUUGUCUUGUCAACCGCAGCUAAUCUUUCAAAAACAAUCGUCCCCAAAAGCGUUUUCUAUGAAGCGGGGUGACAAUGAUUAAGACCGAGAAGGUGUUGCAUUUGAAGAGUUCCCGAGGACGGAAGGUCCGUGUGGUCCGGGAACAUUAUUUGAGAGAACAUGUUCCCUGCUACAGCUCUCUCUGUCAGGCACAAUGCGCCAACGAGGGCAAGGUGCUGUCUGGAGAGGUGACUCACUAUGUGAUGCCUGAUGCAGGCGUGGCGAGGGACUUUAUGGAGAUUCUGGAGUUUAGAGAGAUCCAGGGGAUAGUGUUCACUCAGACUGCCUGCCAGGCUGUCCAACACAGCAGAGGACGCAGGCAGUACAACCGGCUACGCAGCUUGCUGAAGGACCCCCGUCAUCACUGUAUCCUGUUUGCCAACGAGUUCCAGGAGUAUUCCUACUGCCCCAGAGAAAAGGGAGAGCCGCAGGACAAAUGGCAGACCAGGUGUGUGUACCAUGCUGCGGUGUGGUACCAUGACCACCUGGCAGGUCUGAAGCCAGUAGUGAUGAUCACUGAAGACCAGACCGCUGUGGCAGAGUACAGCAGCCUCAACUGUGGUGUCUACGUCCUCUGUACACAGGAGUACCUGCAGACGUUCUGGCCGGAGCUGCAGGCUGCCCUGGAGCUGUACUGCUCCAUCGCUCAGUCCCUGCAGGAGAAAGGGAGCGAGGGGACGGAGAGAGAGUACACUGAACACCUGCCUGCCGAGGUCCUGGAGGCUGGCAUUAAGUCUGGCCGAUACAUACAGGGUACUCUGAAUGUGAACAAGCACAGGGCCCAGCAUGAAGCCUUCGUCCGCUUUGAAGGCUCUUCUAACAAGAGCUCAGAGCUGAACAGUGAUGUGCUGGUGUGUGGGGGGAAGAAUCGUAACCGGGCGGUGCAUGGCGAUAUGGUUGCCGUGGAGCUGUUGCCGAAGGGGGAGUGGAGGGGGAGAACCACGGCCCUGACGGAGGGACAGGGGGAGGAGAAGGGAGACGAGACACAGAGCCAACCCAUGGCCACAGGUCGUGUGGUAGGGAUCCUUCAGAGGAACUGGAGGGACUAUGUCGUGACCUUUCCCCCCAAGGAGGAGACCCAAUCACAGAGCAGGAACUCCCAGCGUAUCCUGGCCACGCCCUGGGACCAACGCAUCCCUAAGAUCCGAAUCAGCACCCAACAGGCUGACAAACUACAGGAUCACCGGGUGAUAGUUCGUCUGGACUCGUGGGACAGCACCUCCCUCUACCCUAACGGACACAGUGUCAGGGUUCUGGGCCGGGCUGGGGAGCUGGAGACUGAGGUCCAAACCAUCCUCAUAGAGAACUGCAUCCACGUACCUCCUUUCUCUGAGGCACAGCUCGGUGAGAUGCCAGUGUCCUCCCCCGAGAGCCCCUGGUCAGUAGACCCCGCCGAGGUGAUUACCAGACGGGAUCUGAGACAAACCCACCUGGUGUUCAGCGUCGACCCUCGGGGCUGUGAGGACGUAGACGACACCCUGUCCAUACGCAGCCUCCCCCCCGGCCCGCGGGGGGAGAGGUUAGAGCUGGGCGUUCACAUCGCUGACGUCACACACUUCGUUAAAGAGGGGUCCCUGACAGACCUGGAGGCUCGCGCUAGGGCCACCACGUACUACCUGGCCGACCGCAGGUAUGACAUGCUGCCUGCUGUCCUCAGUGCUGACCUCUGCUCUCUGCUGGGAGGGGUGGACAGGUAUGCCAUGAGCGUCAUGUGGGACCUGGAUGCCCAGACCCUGGCGGUGAACAAGGUCUGGUACGGUCGUACACUAAUCCAAUCCUCCUACCAGCUUUACUAUGAACUGGCCCAGGCUCUGCUCAACGGAGAGGAGGCAGAGGUCCCAGAACUAGGUACCAUCAUGUUAAAUACUGCUGAAUGGAGAGGAGGCAGAGGUCCCAGAACUAGGUACCAUCAUGUUUUAAUACUGCUGAAUGGAGAGGAGACAGAGGUCCCAGAACUAGGUACCAUCAUGUUUAACAGAUGUGUUUUUAUGUUCUGGGUUUCUGUUAAUAAUUGUCUCACCCACGUGGCCAGACAGCUGCGUGCCCAGAGGGACAAGGGAGGAGCGUUGGAGCUGGAGGGGGUAGAGGUGAGGGCGCAGCUGGAUGAGGACAGGAACAUCACAGCCCUGGUGCCCAGACAGCCACUGGAGGUCCAUGAGACGGUGGCAGAGUGCAUGAUCUAUGCCAACCACUGGGUGGCCCGUAAGAUCCAGGAGAGUUUCCCCCAGCAGGCCUUGCUGCGCCACCACCCGCCCCCACGCCAGGAGUUCUUCAACCAGCUGCAGGACAGUGCCCGGGCACGCGGCUUCACCAUAGAUACCAGGUCAAACAAGGCCCUGGCUGACUCCCUGGACCGGGCCGUGGACCCCCGGGACCCGCUGGUGAACCGGCUGCUGAGGGUGAUGGCUACCAUGGCCAUGUCUAAUGCCCUCUACUUCUCUACCGGAGCCUGCCCUGUCGACCAGUACUAUCACUAUGGUCUGGCUCUGGACCGAUACACCCACUUCACCUCUCCCAUCCGUCGCUAUGCCGACAUGAUCGUCCACCGCCUGCUCACCGCAGCCAUCGCCAUGGAGAAGGGGGCGGGGCCAGCCAAGGCUUUAGCCAGUAACAAAGAGUUGGAGGAGAUGGCUCAGCAAAUCAACAACAAGAACAGGGCAGCACAGCAUGCCCAGAAGGUGUCCACAGAGCUAUUCCAGUGCCUCUACUUCAGAGACAAAGACCCAGAGACAGACGAGCGCUGUGUGGCCGACGCGGUCAUCUACACCAUCAGAGCCAACGGCAUGCUGGUCUUCAUACCACAGUAUGGCCUGAAGGGGGCAGUGUACCUGAAGAACAGAGAGGGCCAGGUGGUGAGUGAGAGACAGGAUGGAGGAUGUGACUGGCAGACUGGUUCUCUACAGAGAUACCUGGACCACAUCACUACCACUACUGCUGCUGGCACCUCAACCUUCAACCUGUUCCAACACAUCACCGUGCGUAUCUCAGUACAACUAUCACGUUGUCACUCAGACACAAUCCGUCUGGAAGUGGUCAGCAACAGGCCCCACCAGGCCCCCGAGACUCAGGUCCAGACCUCCCAGCCCCAGGGGGCUAGGGGCCGGUCCCAGCUGGUCCAGGAGGUGGUUCGGCAGGCAGAGGAGGCCUCUCAGCAGGCGGAGGAGAAGAGGGGCCGGGCCUCCAAACUGUCCACGGAGGAGAGAGAGUUCAGACAGAGUAAAUGUCCCAACCUCUACUCUCUCCUGGAGGAGGUCAGGGAGCUGGCCUUGCUGGACCUUGCUGCCUGUGGAGCAGGAGGCGGGGGGCUGGGAGCAGCCGCUCAGGCUUGUGCUACAUCAGCAUAGAUGAGGUGGAGAAGUAGGAGGAGGAACAACAGGUCUGGGAACAGCUGCUCAGCCCUGCGGUACAUCAACAUGGAUGAGAUGGUGGAGGAGCAGGGAGGAACAACAGGUCUGGGAACAGCUGCUCAGCCCUGCAGUACAUCAACAUGG